AUGCCGAGCUUGUCUUGAUAAUAAACAUGAAAGGCGGAGUACUCAGAGACCAAAAUACAUAUGGGUAAAUCCGGGUGCAGCUUCAUCCUUCUGGAGCUUCUACUGCUUCAAUGUCUCAUUUCAUUGGGACAGGGCUACGAUUUCUUUUACUUUGUGCAACAGUGGCCAGGCUCAUACUGUGACACCAAAAGAAGCUGUUGCUACCCCACUGCCGGAAAGCCCGCCGCCAACUUCACUAUCCACGGCCUUUGGCCUAAUUAUAACAAUGCUACCUAUCCAUCCAACUGCAACAAGAAUAGCCCUUAUGAUGGAACCAAGGUUAACGACAACCAGUCAACCACGCUGAUAAAAAUGGACCGUACAAUCGUGGUGGUUUCGGAUUUGUUUAGUAGACUGGAAGUGAGUUGGGCAACAUUAGCUUGCCCGACGAACAACGGGACCAAGUUCUGGAGUCAUGAAUGGGAGAAACAUGGCACUUGUUCUGAGUCAGUUUUAGACCAGCAUUCGUAUUUUGAAGCUACUCUUAACAUUAAGGACAAGGUUAACCUACUUCACAUACUCGAAGCUGCAGGAAUCCGACCAGACGACAAUUUUUACAAAGUGGAGGAUAUUAAGGAAGCCAUAAAAGCAGGAACCGGUUAUGAUGCAGCCGUAGAAUGCAAUUCUGAUCCAUCACGAAACGGGCAGCUCUUCCAAGUUUAUCUGUGUGUUGAUGCUUCUGCCAAAGACUUAAUUGAGUGUCCAGUUCUUCCCAAGAGGAAAUGCAAGUCCUCCAUUCAGUUUCCAAUCUUUUAGUGACUUGUUUGGUUGCACAACAUCUUAUUUGAAAUAAACUCUGGAUUCUCAGAAUUCAUGGAACUCAUUGUUUGUCGUAAAAUUAAGCCCCUAUAUAAUUUGUAUUCCACAUA